UUGACCUCUUUGUUGGGAAUAGACAGCUUUGUUCUCUGGUCUCUCAAAUGGCUUCUAAAUUCAAUAUAUUUGGUAAGUUCUAAAUUAUAGUAUUCCUUUCUCUAGACCCAUUAUAUUCAAACGGCACAUUGCUUUAUUUCAGGCGAUGAGUGCAGCGGUUUGUUUUAUGAUCAGUGGCGAGUAUCUUCUCAUAUCAUAUAGUAAAACCCCCCCCUUCUAAACAUCUGGGUUGAUGCUUAUUACAUUUUCUUAGUCUGCUGUUCUUGCGAAUAUAGCAAUGGCAAAUUAUUGGCAAAAUAUUAUGUGGACUGUGAAAAGGAAAAAACCUAAAGUUCCUAAAUCCAUUCUACUAAUUCUAACUGUAUGGUCAUAUUCUCUCCCAGUGUCGGUGGAGCUGACGAGGGAGUUCUGUGAGCAGCUGGAUGGCCUGGUGGGUCCUCAGCUCACCCUGCUGGCCUCAGACGUAUGUGAACAGUACAACGUCAACCGCAGGAUAUCAGGGCCGGACAAGGAGCCCCAGUUCAAGUUCAUUUACUUCAACCACAUGAACCUGGCAGAGAAGAGCACCAUCCACAUGAGGAAGACUCCCAGCGUGUUUCUGACCUCCGUCCAAGCAGACAUGAAGAUUCUGGGAGACAUCAACUGUGACUUUGCCCGGGUUGAUGAAGAUCAAGAGAUCAUUGUGAAGGCAAUGACAGACUACUGGGUGGUCGGCCAGAAGUCGGACCAGAGAGAGCUGUACGUCAUCUUGAACCAGAAGAAUGUCCAUUUGUUUGAAGUUAACGAAGAAGUGAAAAGGCUCUGUGCGACACAGUUCAACAUUUUCUUCUUGGACUGAAGGAAGGAAGGAAAGAAAGAAAGAACUGCUCAAAGAAGAACAAGAACGAGAGACCGAGAGCGAAAUGGACUGUUUCACCACAUUAAAACUAUCAGCAUUGCAGGGUAGUAUGACAGCAUCAGUGUAAUGCAAUAAUUGCGUAGAUUAUGUAAGGGUUCGACCAAACCAUGAAAAUGCCCCGCACACGUCCCUCCGUGGGGUUAGGUCCAGAAUCUAUUUAGUAACCACAUUAGAGGCCUGUUAGAACACACACUUCUUGCACAGUCUUCACAUUUUGCUGCCUUAAAAUGAAAUAUAAAAAGGGAGUAAGUAGUUUGGUUUCUUACAGAUCUACGCAACUCUACAUUUUCAAAGAGAAAAAGUUAUUGACAAUUUUCUAAUUAAUACAAAAAUGAAGGUGUCUUCACAUCCCAGAGUUAAUACUUGGUGGAAACACUGUUGGCAGCCAUUACAGCUGUGAAUAAAUUGGAAUAAGAUUCUACCAACUUUGCACAACUCUUAGGGCAACAUAUGUCCAUUGUUUUUGUCAAAAUUUCUCAAGCUCGGUAAAUUUGGACAGCUCAGUAAUAAUGGACAGCAAUAUUCAAACCUUGUGUCUGAUUUUCAAGCACAUUUAAGUCAGGACUGAGACUAGACCACUCAGGUGCACUCAACACCUAUUGUAAAGCCACUGUGGUGUGUUUUCUGGGGCGGGUUUUCCUUUAUCGUUUUCCCUGGCUUUGCCCCCUUCAUAUUUAUUUUGCUCCUGACAAACUCCCCAGUCCCUGCCGGUGACAAGCAUACCCAUAACAUGAUGCUGCCAUCCCAAUACAUCACAGCUAUAGAGUUUUCUUUUUCUGCAGGACAAUUACACAAAUUAUAAUGCCAAAAACACCAGAAUGGCUUCCCAAAGGUGUUGAGUGUUCCAGAUUGGUCCAGUUAAAUCUGCUUUAAAAAAAAUCUGAGACAAGAUUUGAAUAUUGCUGUCAAUCAAUGAUUCCCAACCAAAUUUGCUGAGCUUGAGAAAUUUUUACAAAAACAAUGGAUAUAUGUAUUUUGAAUAUUUUAUUAGGAUCCCCAUUAGCUCUUGCAAAAGCAGCAGCUACUCUUCCUGUGGCCCACACAAAGCAUGAAACAUGACAGAAUAUUAAUAGACAAGAACAGCUCAAGGACAGAACUACAUCAAUUUAAUAUGUUGCCCUAAGUGUUGUGCAAGGUUGGUAGAAUCUUAUUCAAAAUUAUUCACAGCUGUGAUGGCGGCCAAAAGGUGCUUCCACCAAGUAGAAAUUCUGGAGUGCGAAGACCUAUUCAAAUGCAUACUCAUUUUUUUAUAUUUCUUAGUCAUUUGGAAAAUGUUCUUGAAUUUUUCUUUAACUUUGAAAACAUGGAGUAGAUUGUGUAGAUCGAUAUGAUUAUUUUUUUAUGUUAUCCCUUUUUAGAUUUAAUCUUAAGGUAGCAAAAUGUGAAGACCGUCCAAAGGGGUGUGUAGACUUUCACUAGCAACUGUACAUUAUGAAGGAUUUGACAAAUACUCACUUUUUUGUAUCAGCUUUUCUAAAUGUGUGCCUAUGGUUGCAUGGCCAUCAGUGUUCCAUUGAUCUCUUACCGUAUGUAUAGUAAAACAUGAAAUAAAGAAGCUUUUCACAUCAUGUAAUUUUAAUUCUUGUAAUUAAGAGUAAAAUGAUCAGAAUUGUUUAGAAGCUUGCCCUAAUGUGGAUUAUAAAAUACAACCCCAACAUUAAAUAAAUUAAGAAAUUAUCAUUUUCCUCCCACGUAGCCCAUUUCAACUACAGCCUAAAAAUAUAUGUUCUGUUUGACAAGGGAAUGCUCUCCUAACUGUAACGCCAAAACAUGAUACAAAGGUUCUCAGAAGGUUUUUUGCUAACAUAGACAGUGUUCCCCCAACUAAUGGAAAACUGGACACUCAUAAGUUAGGGGAACAUUACAGAUAACAUUACAGGGGGGUUUCCCCUAGGUGCAGAUCUA